AAUAGAACGAGUAGGCUAAACCGCGGCUUCUUUUUAGUAAAGUAUUUCCUCUGCUGGUUUAUCUAGAUUGCUUUAACGAUUACAAUGGCAGUGCUGGAGGAGGCAGAGUGCUGCUAGCGUAGAUUUACGAAUUCAAAUGACUGCCUAAAGUCAUCAGCAGUACACGUUUAGGAUACAGCAGAUAAGUAACUAAACUCGUACAGUCAUAUUUGUCUUUAUUAUUAAUUAACUUUUUUGAGCACAUUUUAAAAGUCUAAAUCGGGAUAUAUAAAGUAAUAUUAAAAACAGCCAGUAUGUGUAUUUGCAGCUUUCACAGUAGUAAAUAUAAUCAUUAAUCGUUCACUGGGGAGGCUUAAUAAGUUUUCCUGGUCUUGAGCCCAAAACUCGGAGUUUUCAUACCAUCCAUUUUCACAAAUAAAUGGUUCAUUCUUAUUUCUAAAUGCUCGAAUUGUUCCGAUUAUUUUCUUCUCUUAUUUUGCGUGCAGACAUACAUGCCGGUGUAUUUCAGUACAAAUUUAAAUUUUUUUUUGUCAACGUAGAAGAAGAGUUAUUUUUUUUAAAAAAAGCAAGAAAAGAACAGUGAUUGUUGCCACCCACAAAAAUGCACACUGAUUUCCCCCUUCAAAUUUGGCAAACCCAUUCUGUAAUCUCGAGAUUGACACAAAAAAUACAGAAACUGAAAAGUAACUUGUUUAAUAAAGACAGGGGUCCAGUUAAAAGCAAUAGGUGGUUUGGAUGAACAUGGUCUGCAGGACUGAACCUAAGGCACACAGUUAAGCCUUUUAUUACUAAUUAGCAGUGCUGAUCAGUGAAUUUCGCCAAAGUGUUAUUCUCAGCAAAUUUGCUGUGUUCGCCCUUGUUCGAGUCAUUUACUGAUAGUUAGGCAUGUUUAGGAGAACUUUUUUUUCAGCAUUCCAUAAAGUUUUAUGAAGCCAGCAUGACACCCCCAGGAGUUGUAACAGCCAGCAUUUGAUGGGUCCACCCUCCAGGUUGUAACAUAUCCUGAUGCCCCCCUUGCCAGGUGCCGAGAUGGUGCAGACACCCAUACAGUUAUACCGAUACCUCAUGCGCUGCUGUAAACGGUUGCCUUCAACAAGUCUUCAGCAUCAUUACAGGCACUCAGUCCGGCAGAGUUAUAAUGCUCAUUCAGAUGAAGAUAAUCCUCAAAGAAUACAACAAAUCAUUAAAAGGGCAAUUGAAGAUGCUGACUGGAUAAUGGAAAAGUAUAAGAAUAUGUAAAAGGGUCAAAAAAGAAAACCGAGUGGAAACAUGUACAUCAGAAAUCAACGCCCAGAUUCAGGAAUGAUGCAGCAUGACUAUCCAAAGAGAAAUCCUUUGCAGAUGUAGAUUUUUCCUUUUAACAGCACAAUAAUGUUGUUGCUAAAGUGUAAAAUGGAAUAUUCUAAGAGUAUCUGAAGCAAUCUGAGAAAAAUUCACAAUUUCUAUUUUUGAUAUUCUUGUCACACUCUCUCACCAUACCUAAAAUCCUUGUUUGUUUUUCACCUUACACUAAUAUAAAAAAUUCAAUUUAUUUAUCUGAACUGUAUUUAAUACAUAAUUAGUACCUGUAAUUUAUAUUAUAUACUAGUAGUUGUUUCUGAAUUGAUAUUGGUUAAUGACUUAGUUCAGAGAAAGGUAUUUCAGGGUAUUCAUCCAUCCAUUUCACAAUGUGUCAGUGCUCUUAAUCCAAUAAAAAGAAUGUAGCAAAAUCAGGUAAAGUAUUUGAAGAGUAAGUGUAUAACAUGGUAAAUUUUAUACUUCUGAAGAAAAAACAGUACUUCAUUGUUUUAACUAUUCAUAGCUUUACCAGCGAUAGGAAUACUGCACACUGUGUACAAAAUGUCUCACAACAAACCCUUACAAUCUCAUUCAUUUGUAAAUAAAUGUGGAAAUAUUAGUUUCA